AGUGUUCAAAAUCCAAAUAGUAUAUUCUCAAUCCAUAUUGCUACCCUGCUGCCUUCACGGCUUGUCCAGUGCUGGCAGUCCUGGCUGGUCUGCUGGUUGGUAGUUUGCUGGUCAGUGGUUCGCUGGUUGGUAGUCUGCUCGUCGGUGGUUCGCUGGUUGGUAGUCUGCUCGUCGGUGGUCUGCUGGCCGGGGCUCUGUGGAGGAUUUUCAGUUGAAGAGUGUUCCUCACUACUCGCGCCAUCAGCUUGGUCUGAAUCCAUUUCAUAUGCGCGCUGGAGUCCGUCACGGCGGAGCUUUGUGUACCACUCAUCCAGAUAUCGGUCGUGGUCAAACAUGCAUUUGUAUGUGGGAUAUAAAGCUGUAUGAAAAAUGGACUAAUACAUAUCGCAAAUACUGUUGUCGAUAUGUAAAAUGGUGACUGUUAGUUAUAUGUUCUCUAUAGGCAAUUUUGUGGGUAUGAAUAAAC